CUGUGCGCGGCCCGGAGUCUUUCAACCGGCGUGUUGUAUUUUCACCUGGCAGUCGGUCUCCGAAUCGCGAGCAAAGAAGAGCCUCAAUCACGGGAGUAUCGCUCGCCCUCCUCCUCCUCCACGUGUGCCUAGUUACUCAUUUUCAUCACAAAAUAUUCCCAUUAAAAUAUAUAUAUCAUUAACUUUCCACCCGCCAAAUCAUCGUGCGAAUGUUCCCACACUGUGUUGUCCAUAGAUAUCAGUGAAAAGAUGUUUGUGAUUUUUUAUGACAAUAAAAAAAAAAGUUGGAGGAUUUCGGUGUCGCGGUAGUGAAAAAAUUCGGGCGAAAUAAAUGAGCCGAAGGUGUCGCACAUAUCGCGAUACGGAAAUCAUCACACGUGUCACAUCACUCUAGAGGUUGAUCGACACCGAUUAAGUUCGAUAUCACAUAGGAAAAAUAUUACUCAGGUCUCCGAGAAAUUAUAAGGAUGGAUACCAUACUGGAGAAAAUGGAAAAGCUCAAUUUGAGACUCCCGAGCUGUCCUCGAAAAACUCCUCAACCUGUGAAGGACUUUGUCGUGCACUGUCAGACAAUGCCGUCGAGAGUGAAGAAAUCGUUUUGCGGUUGUCUCCAGGAUGACGAACCGCCGGAGAUUACCUACUGCGUGGUGGAGCAAACGGGUACGCUGACGCUCCAGGCGAUGACACCGACAUUGCCGAUGCCGGCUGAUGAGGAAUUGAACAAAAUGUUUUUGGAACUCGUUGAUGAACUCGAUCUCACGCAGGCUAAUCGUCAAGCUGUUUUGGCACUUCCAGCUAAUAAGAAAUGGCAGAUUUACUGCUCACGAAAAGGAAAUGAUAGCUUGGACAAUGGGGGAUUACGGACCACCGAUCUUAGCGGGGAUCCUGAGGACUAUAUCAAUAGAGUGCGGGUGAUAGCUAGUACACCUUUUUCGGAAGACACGGAAGAGUUAGCGAACCAAAUGCGACAGGUGGAGGCGUUGAAGACUGCGCUUAGGACUCAACCACACAGCUUCGUCCUAAGAUUCAUCGAGCUCGACGGUUUGAAUGCUCUUCUUCAGGUCCUGGGCACAAUUGACGUGGAGGCCACACACAAUAAUCUGCACACGAGUGUCAUAGGAUGUUUGAAAGCGUUGAUGAACAAUUCGAAUGGCCGAGCCCAUGUGCUAGCUCACCUGACAGCAAUAAAUACUAUAUCCCAGUCGCUGGCGACUGAAAACAUCAAAGCAAAAAUAUCGGUGUUGGAGAUCUUGGGGGCGGUUUGUCUGGUCCCCGGUGGUCACCGCAAAGUCCUGGAAGCGAUGUUACAUUUUCAGCAAUAUCAUUCCGAGAGAGCGCGAUUUCAAAGCAUAAUCAAUGAUUUAGAUAAGAAUUUCGGUAUCUACAAGGAUAAUUUGUCCCUGAAAACUGCUAUAAUGUCGUUCAUAAACGCAGUGCUGAAUUAUGGACCCGGUCAAGUGACAUUAGAAUUCAGGCUGCACCUGAGAUAUGAACUAUUAAUGCUCGGAAUACAACCGAUAAUCGAAAAACUUCGUAAAUACGAGAACGAAACCUUGGACAGACAUUUGGAUUUUUUCGAGAUGGUGAGGAACGAAGACGAAAAGGAAUUGGCUAGGAAAUUUGAGAAAGAGCACGUUGACACGAAGAGUGCAACAGCUAUGUUCGAUUUGUUGAGGAGGAAGCUCAGUCAUACAGCAGCUUACUCUCACUUUCUCAGUUUACUUGAACACUGUUUGUUGCUGCCCCUCGAUUACGGCUCUCAGCCGCAGCACUGGUUGCUCUUCGAUCGAAUUGUUCAGCAGAUAAUCUUGCAAUCGGAGAGCAAUGAGCCCAGUGCAACGAAAAAUCCGGACGUUGCUCCCAUCGACAUCAAUGUCAAGGAAAUAGUCCAUUUAUUGGCGAAGGAAGAAGAACUCGUGGCGGCCAGAAAAAGAGCCGAUGAACUGGAACGAGAAAAUACCGAUAUGUCAACGAAGUUGGCGAAGAAGGAGCAAGAAUUGGAUCUUAGAACACAGGAGAAAGAGGACAUGGAGGCAAGUCUGGCUAGAAUCAAAGAGCGAUUGGAAAAAGAAACGUCAAUGCAUAUUGAAACAAAACAACGAAUUUCUGAGUUGCAAGAUAAUGUUGAGACACUCUCCCGGCAAAUAAAUAAUGAAAAACUGGAGAGGAAGAGACUGGAGCAAUUGGUGGCAUCUGGUAGUUUACCAGAUGACGCCAAGGCAACAAUUAAAAUUGUUGAUGAUGAAGUUGUUGAGAGAGUUGAGGCUAAACCAACACCACCACCACCACCACCUCCACCACUGGCACCUCCUCCACCGCCGUGUCUGAUGCCAGCAGCACCACCACCGAUGAAAGUCGAGAUUAUAAAGAAUGUACCACAGCCGAGUAAUCCUCUCAAGUCAUUCAACUGGUCAAAAAUUCCAGAACAAAAAUUACAGGGAACUAUUUGGUCUGAAUUGGAUGAUUCAAAGCUUUAUCAUGUUAUGGAUUUGGAAUCAAUUGAUAAAAUAUUCUGUGCUUAUCAGAAGAAUGGAGUGCCAACUGAAGGAUCUAUUGAGGAUCUUCGUAAUCUGGGAAAGAAUAAAAGAAGUAUGGCGGUUAUUGAUUCUAGGCGAGCACAAAAUUGCACGAUUUUACUGUCAAAAUUGAAAAUGUCGGACAAUGAAAUUACACGGACCAUUUUGUCAAUGGAUCAGCAGAAUAUUCUUCACAUUGAUAUGGUGGAGCAAUUGUUGAAGUACAUACCAUCGUCGGAGGAAGCAGCAUUGCUUGACAUGAAUCACAAGGACCUCCAAAGCAGAGCUGACUGUUUCCUCUAUCAAAUAUCAAAAGUGCCGCAUUAUGAGCAGCGUCUCAGGUCGCUGCAUUACAAGAAAAAAUUUGCCGCAAGUAUUGCGGAAUUAACACCUAGGAUGAGAGCGGUACUUGAAGCAAGUAGGCAGGUUGCGAGAUCACGAAGACUGAGGAAGUUACUCGAACUGGUUCUUGCACUCGGAAAUUACGUCAAUCGGGGAAACGCCCGGGGCAAUGCAUGUGGCUUUCGUUUGGCCUCGUUGAAUCGGCUCGUGGAUACAAAAUCAUCGUGUUCCAAAGGUACAACUUUGUUACAUUAUCUUGUACAAAUGUUGGAGGCAAGAUUCCGCGAGGUUCUGGAUAUUGAAGAGGAUAUGCCGCACGUUAGAACUGCGGCUAGAGUCAGUAUGGCAGAUCUGCAAAAGGAGGUGGCUAAUUUGAAGAAUGGCUUGCAAGAUGUUCAACGUGAAAUUGAAUUUCAUCGGGGACAAGUGCAGGUACUCCAGGGUGAUAUGUUUUUACCGUCUAUGAGGGAUUUCCAGGCGCAGGCCACUUGCAGAUUAGCAGAGGCUGAGGAUCUGUUCCAGGAUAUGAAAACACGAUUCGAUAGGGCCGUCCGACUAUUCGGGGAAGAUUCUGCGGGCAUUCAACCGGAUGAAUUUUUUGGAAUUUUUGAGAAUUUCCUGCAGGCACUCGUUGAGGCGAGAUCAGAUGUUGAGAAUAUGAGGAAAAAGGUGGAAGAGGAAGAGCGAAGAAUUAAACAAGAGCAAGAGUUGAAGAAACGAACAAUGGAAAGGAAGAAUUCUCGGGAAGGCAUCCUGAACAGUAUUUCGUUGAACAAAAAGAAUGAAGCCAAUGCCAACGGUACAGGGGAUAAUAAGGGAGAAUUCGAUGAUCUUAUUUCGGCAUUGCGAACGGGCGAUGUAUUCGGUGAAGAUAUCGCUAAAUUCAAACGAUCUAAACGUCGUCCAGUUACCCCGAGUGGUCAAGAACCCCGUCGGCACAGUAUUCAUCGUGAAGACUCUCGCGAACGCCACUAGAUGACGACGAUCCCUACAUGUACGACAAUCGGUACUUCAUUCGCUGGUGACCUAUGAUCUUCACAAGACCGAAACGAUGACCUACUAAUUAAGUUUACGAAAAUUGACUUUUAUUUACCAGAAAGUAUACGGGGAAGAAUAGGGUAAAGCGGACCUAUUAUCUAUUUGAUUAAAGGAUAACAACGACUGACGAUGGUCGAUUUUACAGGACUCUACUUUAGUAGAAAAAUAAACUUUAUGUCACUAGGUCAGAAACCACAAUUUUUACGCACUAUUUCUGAUGUCAUGUACGGGGUAUCCUCACUAGUUUUUGAGACAGGAGAAACUGAUAAUGCAACGGAUAUUUGAAGUAAUUGUUAAUUAGUCCGUUAAUUAAGGAAUUCCUCCUAAAAUGAAUUUUCUCGUAUCGGAGCAGGAGUUCACAAUGAAGUCCACUUCAGGUGAAAAACUCAAAUAAUUCCUCAGAAUAAUGAAAGGACUCGUAAGUUCUCCAAUUAAUUUAGGGCUUGCAGGUAAUUUCUAAAGAUUUGUAGAACUUGCGAUGAUUUUUAAGACUGGAAAACAUUUGUUCAAGUUCAAUAUUCAUCAGGCAAACAGUUGUAAUGUGAUUGGUUGGAGGUAGAAGUUGUGAGGAAGGAAAACGAACAUAUCGAGAUUCAUUAGCAUCAAAAUAACGAGCUUCGAGGGAAGGAUAGUUAUCCUCUCCCUCAAUAAUGUAUUUCGAAAUUUCGUUCCAUACCGAGGGAAUGAAAAAUACCAGGAGAUUUGGAAAUGAUAAAUUGUUUUAUAAAAAUAAUAAGAAGAGGUACAUCGUAAAAAAAUACAGUUACACUGUAAUAGAUUAGAUAUAUAUGUAUAGAGAGAAGAAAAAUAUGAUCCAAGAGUAUAUAGUAUAUGUGAAAGGGUUGCAUUCAUUCAUUGAUAAUGUAUAUAAAAUCAUGAGCAUAUUUAUUCCUUCUUGCAUUCUCCAUGUCACUCAUUAGUCAUUUUAAUAUUGGAUCGGGGGAGGUUUUGGUGAAAGUGAGGAUUGAAGUUGUUUAUGUGAAUUUUAAUAAAAUUUUUUGUAAUAUUUUACAUUGAAUCAAUAUUGGACGACUUCAAAUAUUUUAUAUGAAGUCCCUCAAGUUGAUCGUUUACCAUAACAAAGGCCUACAUGAUGUGACAGCUCCAACGCUGUUUUGGAAAACACCAAGUCUGACUUUUUUUACUUUAUCAAAAGUUUAUGAAUGAGACAAAAAUGUCGCCCACGGGCUGAUUCACUCGGCGGUUUAGCCAGUCGGAGGACAGAGUAGAAAUCAAAUUCAUAUUACUGUAGAUUGAUGUGUAGGUACCGACAGUUAACAAGCUUUUGUACUUUUGUAAAUAUUUAAUAAUGAUUCAAUUGAUAUUCCAUUUGAGUACAUGAAAAUGUUAAGCUUAAUAUAUUGUUCUCUAUGAUUAGAAUCAUAUGUAACGAAUGCAGUGGAGGGGCAUCAAUAAAUAAAAAUAUAAAUAAUAUUGAA